AUGCUAAUCAAUUACGCAUGCUCUGUUUCUAUAUUUUUUUUUCUCUCUCUCUCUCUCUCUCUCUCUCUCUCUCACCUUCUCGCUUUCCAAACACAUUAUUAUUGCAUUAUUCCAUUCACCUUUUUUCUUUUUUACUCUUUCCCUUUUUCUUUUCUUUUUCUCUUCUUCGCACCCAAUUUGUUUUCUCUUCCAUAUUCCCCUUUUUUCUCCUUUUCUCCCAUUCUUUCCUUCCUACCUUCUCAUAUUCACCGCGACUUCCUUUCUUUUUUUUCUUCUCUCCAUAACACCCUCGUUUUCCUUCUACCUUUAUUCUUUUCUACUUUUAGUUUUUCUUUCUUUCUUUCUUUCUUUCUUUCUUUCUUUUAUUCUUUCUUUCUUUCUUUCUUUCUUUCUUUUUUUUCUUUCUUUCUUUUUUUCUUUCUUUCUUUCUUUCUUUCUUUCUUCUCUACCUACCGCCCUUACUACGUUUAUAACACCCUACCUUUUUCUUUCUUCCUAUUUCUUCUCAUCCUGGACUUUCUCUUCAUUAUUCCUUCUUUAUUUUUUCCCCUUUUCGCUUUCCUUUCCUUCAUCAUUCUCUCCUCUCUGAUCUUUAUUUCUUUCCUCCCAGUCUUUCUUCCUUUCCUUCGUUCAUUCCGUCUUUUGCCUCCAUUCAUCUCGUUAUUCCUCCUUUACUUAAUUCUAUGUCUUUCCUUUCUCCGUUCAUUCAUUCUUUUCUCUUCUUUCUUCCUUCUCUCCCGUUUCCUUCAUUCUUUACUUUUCCCCUUUCACUUCCUUCCUUACUCUCUCCUUUCUAUUACUACUAUUAAUUCCUUCUCUUUCUUCCUAGCUUUGGUUCAUUACUUCGUUAACCUUCAUUGCACACUUCCUCGCUCUGUUAUUUCACAAAUAUCGCUCCUUAAUUUAGCCCAAUCAUUUUUCAUCUCUCCCUCCCUCUCUCUCUUUAUCUCUAUCUCAAUUCCUAAUUUAAUAUUUCCUCCCUUUCUAAUUCUAUUCUUCUUUUAUUAUUUACUUUUUACCUUCCUUUUCUUCUUUUCUCUGCCUUCUUUCUUUUGUCUUCAUCAUUUCUUCUCUCUUUUCGUUCGCCAGUAUCUUACUACAUCCUCACCUCAUUUGUCUCUUCUCUCUUUCUGUGGCUCCCAUCAUUAUCAUUCCCUUCUCUUUUUCUUCCUUUUUUCCUCUCUCCAUUCUCUUUUUUCUUUUCUUCUUUCCUUUUCUUUACAUUCUUUUUCUUUCCAUUCAAUGUUCUGUUUUCGUUUCCUCUUUGACUUUUCUUCUUCCUCUUUCUUUCUUUUAUCCUUUCUUCUUUUCCUUCCUUCCUUCCUUCCUACAUCUUUCCAUUCUUUUCUUUUUUCAUCACUUCCUUCUUUUCCCCUUCGCCCUCUUCAGCCUUUUCGCAUCUUUCCCCAUUCUUCCGCUUUUCUUCCCUUUUCUCGUCAUCUUCUUCCUCUUCUUGACUUUCAUCUCUCUCUCUCUCUCGCUCUCUUUCUCUUUGUUCCUUUCUUCUUUUCCUUAUUCUUUUCCUUUCAUCCUUUUAUAUCUCCCUUCUUUUUUUAUUUCCUUCUAUAUUUUCUUAUCCUAUUUCCUUUCUUCUUCUUCUUCUUCAUCUUCUUCUUUUUCUUCAUCUUCUUCUUUCUUUCUUUCUUUCUUUCCCUCCCUUUUAUUUUCUUCCUACCGCUUUCUAUAAUUUUUCCUUCUUCUUUCGACUUCAUCGUUUUUCUUUCCCCCUUCUCUCUCUCUCUCUCUCUCUCUUUUUAUUCCUUUCUUCUUUUUCUUAUUCUUUCUUCAUCCUUCUAUAACCUUCCACCGUUUUCCUUACUCGUUUCUUUUCUCGCUUUCUUUCUCACUUUUCACCCCCCUUCCUUUCUUCCUUCCAACGGCCUCUCAUAA